UUUGUUCAUUCGUGUGGGAAAUUCAUCGUGGAGCGAUCGGGUGGAAAUUUUUAUUGUUUGUUGCCAAGUUUCCCCCUUUUUUUUUCCCCCUUCGCCAUGCAGCUACUGCCGCCUCAUAAAUGUGACAACCAACGGUCGAGGACCAGGCGGGAGAGGAUCGGGAAGCAACCACCUAGAACUAGCAGCUACCUACCUAGUUACCUACCUAAGUAGUUAUACUGUUGGGUACACUCAGCGGUUGACUUUGGAGAGCUGAGGACAGGACGGAUACCCUAAAGAUCGACCCGCCACAAUGGUUUCCUGCCGGAGAAUUAUAGCCGCCGCCCUCGUGGCCAGCGUAGCCAGCGGCGCCACGACUUCAACGCCUUCUGCAAGGGAGACCGCUCAGCCCUCUGCCACCGCCGCUGCCGAGCCCAAGAUCUUUGGCCCGACGAGCGAGUGCCAAAAGUACCACAUCUUCUCGGUCCGGGGCAGCAGCGAGCCAUAUCCGGGACGGAUGGGCCCGCUGAUCCAGUCGCUGUGCCAAGACCUCGGCGAGGACGACUGCGGCUACGAGGACGUCCGCUACCCGGCCAACUCGAGCUAUGAUGGGCCGGGCAUGUUUUGCGAGAGCGCAUCGACGGGAGCCAGAAACGGGCAGCGCCAGAUGAAGGAAUAUUCCGAGCGCUGCCAGGAUUCGGGCUUGAUCUUGCUCGGAUAUAGCCAGGGUGCAAGUGUCGCCGGGGAUAUCUUGGGUGGCGGUGGCGGCUUUCUCUUUGGAUGCGACCAGCCUGAGAACCCACCGCUCAACCGGACCUCACGGCCGGGCAGCAAGAUCAUUGCGGCGUCGACUUGGGGCGCGGUCCGCCACACUGCAAACCAGACGUUCAACCAGGGAGAAGGAUCAUCGUACGACGGCGUACUCCCUCGUUCCGGCGCGCAGCUGGAAGCGAUCAACCAGUUUUCGAGGGUCUAUCGCGACUGGUGCAACUUUGGGGAUGUGAUAUGUGCGGUCGGGUCCCAGGGAAACAUACGCGAUGAAGAAAUGGACCCUCAGCAGCACUGGGACUAUUUUGAUGGGAACAACAGCGACUCGGCCAGGCAGUGGAUCCUGGACACGGCCAGGAACGGUGGCAAUGCCUCGACUGAUGACGAAAACUCGCCGGAUGACAAGGUUUCUUCUGGAGGGAAGCCAGAGUCUGAUUCUGAACCUGAUUCGGAGCCUGAGGACCAGAAGGAUUCGGGUGCCAACGAAAGCAGGAUCCAAGGUACAAUGUGGGUGGUUUUGAUGUCGGCAGUUUGGCUGUCUGUCUGGUGUCUGUAAUCAACUAAUUCUAGACUAGUUUUAGACUAGACUAGACUUGGAACUAGAACUAUAAAAUAAUCACUAUUCACAGGAA